AUGAUAUUCACCAAUGUGGUGGCAAGGUGGCCAGGAUCUAGCCAUGAUGCAACGAUAUUCAAUUGUUGCAAAGUUAAAAAUAUCAUGGAAAGACAGUCUGGCUUGUACUCAGAUUGUUUUAUUUUGGGUGAUUCAGCGUAUCCUCAAAAAUCUUAUUUAAUGACGCCACUCCUCAAUCCAAAUGGUACAGCGGAGCAGUUAUACAAUGAAUCGCAAAUUCGUUCCAGAGGUGUAAUUGAAAAAGCGUUUGGCAUUUUAAAGCGAAGAUUUCCCAUACUGGCAUACGGUGCCCGUUUGAAGUUAAGUACUGUCUUAACUAUUAUAAUUGCAACUUGCACCUUGCACAACAUUCUAAGGCAAAACAACAUACUCGAAGACCCUCCUGAAAGCUUAGACUUUAAUAAUGAAGACCUAGAACGUGUUAUUAAUGCAGGGCAAAUAGAUGUUGAUCACUCUUCCCGACAAAACAAUGCAAGAACGAAUUCUUCAAAUCUUAACAUGCAGAAACGUAUGAAUUUGAUAAAUGAUUACUUUGGACGUUUGUAA